AUGUUACGCCGUCUUGGGUGGUUAUUUGGAUUGAGCAAAAGAAGAAGACAGGCAAAGACUCUUGAUGCUAAACCUUACGUAGCCAGGGUUAAGCCAGUACUGAUGGUUGACACGGUCCAAGAAAUUGCGAUUUAUAUCCACAGGUUUCAUAACCUUGAUCUAUUUCAGCAAGGAUGGUAUCAAAUAAAAAUCACCAUGAGAUGGGAGGAUGGCGAUAGCAUAACUCGUGGAAUUCCUUCUCGAGUCGUUCAGUAUGAAGCUCCCGAAUCCGGCCCUAGUGCCUCAUAUGGAGUGUGGAGGAUAUAUGAUAAAGAUAAUAGUUUCUUAACACAGCCCUUCCGCGUCAAAUAUGCAAGGCAAGAUAUUCGUCUGUGUAUGAUGAUCUCGUUUACUUUGCCACUGCCAAGAUAUGAGGGGUCAGCUACAUCUGCUGCUGUAUUGAAAUUUGAGCUCAUGUAUGCUCCCUCUAUGGAUAAUUCAUCACUGAAGCAUUUAGAUGCUUUGCCUACUGCAGUUCAUGAGUUUCGUAUUCCACCUAAAGCUCUUACAGGCUUGCAUUCAUACUGUCCUGUGCAUUUUGAUACACUUCAUGCGGUUCUUGUCGAUGUGAGUGUCCACAUUAGUGUACUGAAAUCUGCUGCUUACAGGCGACCUGCAAAUCUAUCAAGUGGCAUAAGUAAUAAUAAAAAUGUCAGUGGCGGCAGUGCUCAAUCUUUCAAAAAAGCACUUGGUCUGCUUGCUUCUGCUGACAAGAAACUGGUGUCAUUUGUUAAAGCAUUACUUGGAGCUCGCGAUAUUUUACUCGACGAAAUGCAAAGACUUAGCAAGGCAAUUGAUCAAUCUAUUGACUUGUCUGACUUUGUAUCAAAUAUGAACAAUGUUCCGUUAUCUCACUCAGCAGUUGAUGGUUCAGGACAAGGCAAGGAACAAAACAGUCUUGAGAACUUGAAUAUCACCUUUGAUUUAGCAAGUGAUGACUGGCUUCAUGAACUCUCGAAGGAUCAGCUAUCUCGUCUAUUCCACUUACUGGGAACCCAGCUACAUUAUCUUUGGAACACAUUUCUGGGAUUUCACCGGGAUAAUAACACAAAAAUACUGGAAUAUCUUCGUGAUAUCUGGACUAAAGACCGGAGAGCUGAAUGGUCAAUAUGGAUGGUGUACUCUAAGGUUGAAAUGCCCCAUCAUUUUAUAAAUAGUGGAAUGACUGAUAUCUUAAACCAGAGUGCGCACAAAAGGACCUCAAGUGUGUUAAAGUUGAGCGAUCCUGCCCAACUUGCAGCUAACCGUGCUGAACUUCACCGUCGAAGUAUCGCGCAGAUGCGGAUUAAUAACCGUUCAAUACAAGACAUGCAUAUACUUGGAGAUCCUAUGCGGGUUCCUAUUAUUAUAAUUGAACGUGUUUUGAAUGCACCAAGACGCACUUUAAGUGAUAAUUCAUACUUGAGACAUGUGGAUAUGCUCGAUUCUAGCCCGCUGAAUGGGCACAGCGAUGAAGCGGAAAACACAAAAGCUACUAACUCCCAGCAAAGUGGCCGUGAACUAAAAAUCGUUGUUUUUGUGCAUGGUUUCCAGGGGCAUCACUUAGACUUAAGGCUUGUCCGGAAUCAGUGGCUUCUGAUAGAUCCAAAGAUAGAGUUUCUUAUGUCUGAGGCAAAUGAGGAGAAAACACAUGGCGAUUUCAGGGAAAUGGGACAGAGGCUUGCACACGAAGUUGUUUCUUUCCUUAAGAGGAAAAAGGAUAGAUAUGCGAGACAUGGGCAUUUGAAAGGCAUCAAAUUGAGUUUUGUUGGACAUUCCAUUGGAAACGUCAUCAUCAGAACAGCACUUGCGGAUAGUUUAAUGGAACCAUACAGGAAGUUUCUACACACAUAUCUAUCGCUUUCGGGUCCGCACUUGGGGUAUCUGUACAGUACGAACUCCUUGUUUAAUUCCGGGCUUUGGCUCCUGAAGAAGUUAAAAAGUACACAGGUUAUUCAUCAGCUUACACUCACAGAUGAUCCUGACAUCCGGCAUACUUUCUUUUACAAACUCUGCAAGCAAAAGACGUUGGAAAAUUUCAAAAAUAUAGUUCUCCUAUCGUCCCCUCAGGAUGGCUAUGUUCCAUAUCACUCAGCAAGGAUUGAAUCAUGCCAACCGGCUUCAUUCGACAGCACAAAAAGAGGAAUCGCCUUCUUGGAAAUGCUGAAUAAUUGUAUGGACCAAAUGCGUGGACCAUCCCCUGAAGCGCCGCAUCAGCAAAGGGUGUUCAUGCGCUGCGAUGUCAACUUCGAUACGACCUUGUAUGGACGUAACCUGAACUCAUUCAUCGGACGUGCUGCUCACAUUGAGUUCUUGGAAUCCGAUAUCUUUGCAAGAUUCAUAAUGUGGUCAUUCCAAGAUCUAUUCCGGUGA